UCAUUUAUUUGAAUGUGACUAAAUCUAGUCACUACUGUCAUUAAGACUAAGAGAUCAUAAAUCAUCAUUAUAUCAUUUUAUAUGUACAAGUCAACAUAUCAUCAUUUAAAAGACUAUUGAGAGUCUAGUUCUAGAUUAUUUAGAUUUAAAUUCUCCAGAGAUCUUCUAAGAUUAUUGUGUAGAUGAUCUAGAAAAUCUAUGAAACACCAACAUUUAUAAUUUAUUAUAAGUAAUUAUCAAUCUGGAGUCUGGUUCUAAAUCUAUACUUUACUACUAGCAUUAUUAAAAAUAUAAUAUAUAAUUUUGCACAUGGCUACACCGGACACCCCUUGAUUUAUUCCCAGGCUUUAUAUAGAUCUAGAGAAAAUUCUAGAAUCUUAUUGUUUAUUAUGACCUUAACAACCCCUCCCUUUCUUUUAUUGUAAUUUCAAUAAUAUAGAUCCCCCUAAUAUACUUUUUAGCCCGUGAAUUAGUGUAUAUAUCUUCUUUAAUUAGUGUAGUAUCAGUUACACUGAAAUUUAACAGCCCGCUCUCUCUCCUUCCCUCUCUUUAGCUUUCUGGAACCAACAUUUUUGUUAAUUUCUUUGGCCUUUGAAUUCUAGUAUCACUUUUAGGUAUCUGAUCCCUACCCACACACAGCUAUCUCCCGCCCACAACAAAAAAGCUUUAAAUUCUUCAUACUAUCUCGGAUUUUUCUUCGGCUUCUCCAUAUUUGUAGUAAAUGAAUCCAAGAAAAUUGUAUUUAUACAAUACAGUUAUAACUGUUCAUCAUGAAUAAUAUUGUAUGUAUACAUACUCUUUGUUCUCUGUGGCAUUUUAUGUCUUGAGAUCUUUUCCCUAUGCAACUUCUCAUGUGACUAUCAUUGAAACACAGCUUCAGUCAAAGGUUUGGCAUACAUAAUCACCAGGCAUUGUUACACUUUCACAGGAAUUAUGUACAAUAAUUAACUGCAUUGAUAUUGUCAGUAUUUGAAUUGCAAACUAAACCUAGAUAUAUAUUUUUUAAAUGUUUAUAGAUUAUUCUAGAUGUAAGUUUUAAUAAUUAAUAACUCAAGUUUGUAUUAGUUGAUAGCAAUACUUUUUCAUAAAAUUAUAGCUAAAUGCUAAAUGGCUGGAGGUUCUGAAUCUAAUGAGGAUGAAAUAUGGAACUAUAAAUCUGGAAGAAAAAAUAAAGAAACAAAUCCAGCUGUUCUUAGUUGUGAAGUUCAAAACAAAUGCACUUCAGUGAUCAAUAACGUUGUUCAAGUUGAAAAAACAAGUGACCUUAAACAAGAUGGAUGUUUGCAUGAAAUUGUCCAGCCAGAUAAACUGUUCAGUACAUUGGAGGUUAUAGAUGUUGAUCUGCUGAACAGUGAAGAGGCUUCCAUUCCUAAUAAGGUGAACAUAAAAAGUUCCUGCAUUACCAAAGAUUUGAAUCAUUUGAUAAAAAGUAACAAUGCCAAUAUAUGCAAACCUGAGCAAAGAAGGAAUCAGGCAAAUAUAAAAUCAAGCCCUUCUAGUAAACCUGUAAAACAAUUACAAAGCUCUUCGAAGAGCAAGUCCACUUGUAAGAGAAAAAACUCUCCUCUGAAAAGGAAGGUAAAAACUUCCUCCCUAACAAAAAGCCCAUCAUCAUCCCAGGGCUCAAACUGUUCUUAUUCAGAUAUUCUGAAUAGAAAGUGUAUUGAUGACUAUUUUGUUCAAUCAAGCCAAACUUUGAAAAGGAAAAGUUCUAAACUUGUAUUUGAAGAAGUAUCAAACAUUUUGGUGGAAGGGGCCAAUAAAAAAACAAAGUGUCAGAAAGAAGAAGAAUCAGAUACUACAACAGUUGGUAAAAACAUUAUAAAUGAUAAAGAAACAGAGUUGUCAAACUGUAGAACUCAAAGUACUGAUACUGAACUUAAGAAGCAAGACAUUCUACAUUCUUUUGUUGAUGUUGACAUUCUUUUUGAUAAUGAUGACUUUAAUCUGGUAGAAAAAAUCACUUCCACUAGCUCAUCAGAAGUUGACGUCAUGUCUGAUCCUAUUCUAUACAAUGAAAACAUGGGGGGAUUUUUUACUGGUUCAGAUCUACUGGCUGAAACAAAUAUUGCAGAUGAUGAUAAAGAUGUCAAGAGUUCAUUAGUCAAUCACAGCUCUUGUGAAGACAAUAAGUUUCAGGGUGGCUAUACAAAACCAGAAAAUUUCAACAAACAAACAUCUAAUCCUUGCUUGCCACUUGGCAAGAGUUUGAUUGAUUCUGUUUUGUUAUCAAAAUUAAACAAUCCAUCAUUGACAAAACAGACAUCUUUAUAUUCAUUUUUUAAACCUAAAUUUGGAGUGCAAGAAAAAACUGUUUGUGCUGAGUCAAAUAGGAAAAACAAAAGUGUACUAGUGCCUGUCACCUCUCGUCCAGAUUUACAUUCAGGGAAAAAAAACAUUGUAUCUAAUACAAGUAAAUCAGCAUCUAGUAUUUCAACAGGAUUAUUAUUAGAUACACCUACAACAGUGGUUGAGCCAAAAACAAAGAGGGAUGCCAAAAAAGUGUGUCCGUUCUAUAAGAAGAUUCCAGGGACUGCUAUUACUGUUGAUGCCUUUCGUUUUGGAGUGAUCCCUGGAUGCCUGGCCUACAUUCUUACACAUUUUCAUUAUGAUCACUAUGGAGGGCUGACCAAAAAAUUUUCACAGCCAAUAUACUGUAGCAAGGUGACAGGAAAUCUUGUGCAGAAAAGACUUGGAGUUGAUGAAAAAUGGAUUAACAGAUUACCACUCUGGCAACCAUGUCAAGUAGCUGGUGUCACUUUGACAUUUAUGGAAGCUAAUCAUUGUCCUGGAGCUGUAAUUAUUUUAUUUGAGUUACAAGACGGCAGAAAAAUUUUACAUACUGGUGAUUUCAGAGCUAGUGUUGAGAUGGAGCAGUAUACAAUGUUGCAAAAUGUAACCAUAUCUGAACUUUACCUAGACACCACAUACUGCAACCCAUGUUAUGCAUUCCCAGCACAACCUGAAGUUAUUGACUUUGUAGUCAGUCUUGUUCUUAACUUUGUGGCAGAAACUCCCAAAACUUUAAUUGUGUGUGGGGCUUACACUAUUGGGAAAGAGAGAAUUUUUCAUUCCAUAGCUAAAAUUUUGGACACCAGCAUAUGUGUAAUGAGUGAUAAGAAAAAAGUUCUGGAUUGUCUGGAAGAUGAUGAUCUCAAGUCAAGAACAACAUUAGACUGGCUAAAAGGACAAGUGCACGUGUUGCCUAUGGGAAAACUGAAUCAAAAGGGGUUGUUUGAACAUCACAGCAAAUAUCCACAGUUCACUUCUGUUCUAGCACUAGAGCCUACUGGAUGGACUUAUCAGGACAAGCUAGAGUCAUUACAAAAUUUAAAACCUAAGUGGAGUAAAAACAAUGUGACACUUUAUGGAGUCCCAUACAGUGAGCACAGUAGUUACUUAGAGUUAAAACGUUUUGUACAGUUUCUGAAGCCUAAGAAGAUUUUGCCAACUGUCAACAAUGGAAAUCCAUCAGCUAGACAGAAAAUGGAAGAUAUUUUUAAGCAAUGGCGGCAAGAUUGAUUUUUUUUUUCCAGUGCUUAGCAUUUGCAUUUUUGUGUGAAAAUAGGUCUAACUAAAAGUGAUAAAAUAUUAUUAUAUUUUUUACACAAAAUUAUGAUCACUGUAAAAAAAUAUGGGAUUAAUUUAUUUAAUUGUUGUAUAUUAUUUUGAUAUUUUUAUGAUGUGUUCUCUUUGUUGCAUGAAAUCGUUUAUAUUAGAUUAAUUAACUAGGCAAGCAUAAGGUUUUAUAAGCAAUGUCAGUUUCAUGAUUAAUAUAAAUUUAUGUAUGGAUUGGUGAUAAAUGCAGCUAAAUUAUUAUUAGCUAAUCAAUAGAAUGUUUUGAUCACUAAAAUACAAGGUUAAAAAUUAAAACAUGAAUACUAUAAACUUUGGUAUAAAUUACAUCUACACCAUUACUGCAUUAUAUUUAUUUUUUUUGGGUUGACAAUUAGGUGCUACUUAUUUUAAUUGGGAAUAAUUGUUCUUUUUUUUUUAUUUUACCAAAACAUUACAAAAUAAUUUGUUCAUCAUUAUAUUUAGGCUUUACAAAUUAAUUAAAAUUGGGAAUUUUAAUUGAAAUAAUACACAUCUUCUACCCAGACUAUUUUAGCGGGUCUAUUUAUGAGUUAAUGUAUAAUCUCUGUGAUGUUCUUUGGUUUUUCUUUAUUAGUCUUGACGAGUAUUACUUUGGACCUUUCAUCCAAUCAGUGGAAUACACGUAUUUACUUUAAAGAUUUUUUAUUUCAAGUUGUAAAUACUUUAAAUUUGUUGCCUGUAGGCCCAUGCUCCUAGUUGAGUAGGCCAAAAAUGAUUUUUUUUUUCUUAUGAAAAUUUACAUAUUCGUUAGAAAGUACCAUUUUUUUGUAAAAAAAAAAAUAAAUAUAAAAGUUUCAUAUAAAUUUACAAAAUUUACAUAAUAUUUUUGUGCAUAAAGGUUACCAAUUAUUGGCAUUUUUCAGGCUUUACUGUCAUAAGCACUUGUAUUUAGGCUACACAACUUGAAUGAUUGCAUUUAUAUUUGUCAUAUAUUCUUUCAAAAGGCAUUACACUGAACACUUUU